CAGAAGGAGAAGGCGCUCCGGCAGCGGGAGGUGGUGGACGUGUAUAAUGGCAUGUGCUUACAAGGCCCCAGUGGUGUUCCUGGACGGGAUGGAAACCCAGGAGCCAACGGCAUCCCUGGGACCCCUGGGAUCCCGGGCCGGGACGGGCUGAAAGGGGAGAAGGGCGAGUGCAUGCGGGAGAGCGUGGAGGAGUCCUGGACACCCAACUUCAAGCAGUGCUCGUGGAGCGCCCUCAAUUACGGCAUCGACCUGGGCAAGAUCGCGGAGUGCACGUUCACCAAGAUGCGCUCCAACAGCGCUCUCCGCGUGCUCUUCAGCGGCUCCCUUCGGCUCAAGUGCAGGAGCGCCUGCUGCCAGCGCUGGUACUUCACCUUCAACGGGGCAGAGUGUGCUGGGCCACUGCCCAUUGAAGCCAUCAUAUACCUGGAUCAAGGGAGCCCAGAGCUGAAUUCUACUAUUAACAUACACAGAACUUCUUCAGUGGAAGGUCUGUGUGAAGGGAUCAACGCUGGCUUGGUGGAUAUUGCCAUCUGGGUUGGGACGUGCUCAGAUUAUCCACGGGGAGAUGCUUCUACUGGAUGGAAUUCAGUCUCCCGAAUCAUCAUUGAAGAACUGCCAAAAUAACUUCCCUCCCUUUUUAUAAAACCAAUUUUUUUAAAAUUUUGUACUAUUUUUUUCAGAAUUUAUUUCAAUAGAGUUGGAUGCAAGUACUGGACUGAAAGGCACCAAAGCCUUGCAUCUGUAGCCUGUCUUGUUUUGCACAUGGCAGAGGCUUUUCAUAAUAAUCGUUUUAGAAUGCAAGUAUCAAAACCAAGUUCAUUAACAUUUUACAUUUCUUUUUUUAUGUAAUACCACCACUGUUUUUAGAAUUAACCAUAACAUUUUGUAUCAAAUAAAUAAGACCUUUUACAAAACAAAAUCUAGGUUACUUUAUUGAACAUUAAUCUGUUUCAGGUAUUUUACAUGGUGUUGUGAUACACAAUUUUUUUAGAAGGCUUUAUAGAUAAAGUACUAAGAAAAUAAAAUCAGGUGCUAGCUUUAGCCUUCAGAAAACAUACAUAAGAUUCACUCCUGUAAAGCUGACUGCUGAAUAGGAUGCUCUGCUAUUACAGUCUUGUCUCUCAACAAACUCCUGGUGACUUGUGACCUAGACAAUGUGGUAAGUGUUAAAUACCUCAUUAUGAAUAACUGUACAAAACUAGACUAUCUAAGCUCUCCUUCCCUCUCUUGCUUCUUGACAGACUGGAUUUCACUGUAUCAUCUAUGACUGGUCUUCAUUACUAAGAUGCA